AAGAUACAUCCUCGAACGGUGCGAUCAAGCGAGGAAUGAACGUCCAAUGACUUCACCGUUGUCAACUGGCUUUCGGACACUGUUCUGUGAUGUAUUCUCAGCUUCCCCGAAUAUCCGUGCCCAACUCCCUACAGUAUGAACAUAUUCUUAGGUAUGGCAAUGUGUUACCAUGUAUGCGGGCUGUGGAUGUCCACGAUGGGUGAUAUGUAUUGGCAUUUCCUCUUCUGGUUUAUCUCGCGUCUUUCAAGUGCGUCGAUUUCCCUUCACCGUGAAACUUGGCCGAGUCGAUGGAGAAUCUCCAGGACCACGGGGAAGAAAUACGGAAACCACUACACCAAUUUGGCGACUAUGCUCACACAGUCCGCAGUGCUUUACUCCGUGUUCUCGAUGCUGUCACAGUGCAUCAUUCCUUUCUCUUUGAAACACCCGAUUCAGAAUGCAUUCAUUCUGGUCUUCUCAGAGAAACAGACUGUUUCCAUUGAUGAUCCGCCGCUUAUGCCAUUACCAAUAUGCAUGUCCAAGUCACCGCAAGUAUGCAUAGGGAUUUAGCCGGUACUUGGAUAUGCCGUACUGGAUACACGAGUCUGAAAAUGGUCCCUGGCGCUACAUCACUCACUUAGAAGACCCUCGGGAAUUCGUUCGGAGUCCAACCGGAGUUGAGAGAAGGCAUGGUCGUCAACGACAAAGACAUAGAGAU